ACAGAUCACACUUUUUAUUAAAGGUUCAGGGUUUUGAGGUGCUGAGUGUCCUGGAGCUGCGACUCGUUUCCUAACAAACACAGAACCGCUCAUUAUUAUAGUGUGAAGCUGAUUUUUUUUUACGCUCCAUGAUGUAUCUGAAGUGUCUGCUGCUUUGUCAGCUGAUGGCAUUCCUGCUGGUGGAGGACAGCCAGGCGAUGUCCUGCAUACCCUGCUACAUGAGGAAAUGCUCGCCAGACCUCCGCUGCGCUGGAGGGAAGGUUUUGGAUGUAUGCGGCUGCUGCAUGAUAUGUGCAUUGGUAGAGGGCGAGUCUUGUGGUGGCCCGUACAACUACCUCGGCGUCUGUGACGAGGACCUUGAGUGUGUAAAGAAAGAACCGGUCACGUUCAACAGCGUGGGAGUGUGUCAUGAAACGUUUCUUGCAAAGCUGAAGCGACUGAGGAAGUGAGACGGAAGAUGUGACCGACGGACGCCAUCGACGACAACGAUUUACAAGCAGGAUAGUUCGAGUAUGAUUAUAUACAUACAUAGACAUGUCUGUAGGUUGCUCUAAAACCACACAGCAGAUUAUAAGCCAUUAUAAACAGGCAUUACGUUGUGACUGCAGUACAGCUUUUCAUUAUAAAGAUCACUCUCAUAUAACCUUUAUAGUCCACUGUAUUCCUGUGACAUUGGGUUCGAGUGACUGUACGAUUUCUUUAUGUCUCUUUCUUUUUUAAUACAAUGUUUUGCAUCGGU